UCCUUUAAUGGCUUGGCGUUCUAUUCUUCUACGAUCAGAUCGACCUUUUCUUGUAUGAGUUUGGGGCCAUGGACAAAUACGUGGAGAAAACAAAUCUUCACUAGAUUGCGCAGCGUCGCAGCUUCCUGUUUAAGUAUGGUGGUAUGCAAGGCACUAUGCAGUUCCGCAUAUGUGGAAUAUCAUAUAUUUUGCGUGAUCGAAAAAUAUUCCCAUCUCCAUUUCAUCUCAAUCUUUUUACCUUGUUUUCUCUCUACGUCUUCGAAAUGAGGUGUAAUAUGCUCCUGGUCAGUGUAGUCACUGGGUUGAUUGGUUCAACAUGUGCUUCUAUACUGUCAAAAGUCGGUACUGUCAAAGAAUCGGCGAUAUCAAUCUCUAGGAGAGAAGCUCUGGCUUACAAGGCUCACACCAUAGAUCAGGUGGUGCGUUGAAGGUUUUUCUCCUCUCUAUUCACAAAUUCUGAUUUUAACAUGCAGAUUGAUCAUUUUCCAAAUGAUCCAAUGUAUGCUCCACACACCAAUGCUACAUUCAAACAAAGAUAUUGGUUCGAUGCGACCUACUACAAACCUGGAGGUCCCGUUUACCUAUACAUUGGAGGAGAAACCAAUGGCCAGUACAGAUUCAGCAAUCUUCAGACUGGGAGUAUGUUGUCAGCUGUCAGCCUUUAGGCAAUUUUGCUAAUUAUCUCUCAGUCAUCCAAAUAUUAAUGGAAGCUACUAAUGGUCUUGGAAUUAUCCUCGAAAACCGGUACUAUGGCGAGAGCUACCCAUUCAACACCAGCACAACAGAUCAGUUGGCAUACUUGACCAACCAACAGAGUCCGUAUCACAUGAAUUAUCUAUGGCCAGAUUGACAGCUAACGAUAUUUGCUUUAGCCGUUGCGGAUAAUGCAUACUUCGCUCAACAUGUAUCCUUGCCUGGUGUCAAUGCUAGUAUCACUGCACCAAACACCAAAUGGAUACUUUAUGGAGGCUCUUUGGCUGGUGGCCAGACUGCAUUAUCAGUAAAGUAAGCAUCUCGUCAUUUUGUCAUCACUAGUGAGGAUUUCAAAUCCCGCAUGAGACAGGCCUUCGACAGCUGAGAUUGUGAAUAUGGACGUAGUGUAAAAGAACUAAUGCCUUAUUUUAGGAUUUAUCCGGAAAUAUUCUUCGGUGGAAUUGCUUCCAGUGCUCCUAUCAAAGCUGUGGUGGGAUAUCCAGAAUGGUCAGCUAAUAUCAUCUAAUUUUUGUGUCGGUGGCUUGAAGUGCUGAUGCUGUGCCCAGGUACAAUCCAAUUCAAAGAUUAGGUCCUCAAGACUGCGUAUCAAGCAUUAACGGCAUUAUUGACAAAUUUGAUGCCCUAAUAUCCGCCAACAAUACACAAGCGAUCAAGCAAUUUAAAUCUCUGUUCGGGCUUGAGGCUUUGAUUGAUAACAGAGACUUUGCAAUGACUAUUGCUUUUCCUCGUAAGAUAAGCCCAGAUACUGCUAGAAUGUAUUGCUAAUGCAAAGCAGUUGGGGGCCCAAUGGAUUACCCAACGAACACAUGGCAAGAACUUAAUUGGAGCCCGCUGUAUACUUCAAAUGAUUUCUGGAGCUUUUGCUCGAAUGUCACCAACAUUGAUGCACCCAAGGCAGUUACCGAUAUCGAUUACUCCCUCUCAAACUACACUGGAGGAGAGCCAUGGACAAACCUAGGAAAUUAUGCUACUUACAUCAAGAAUGUCCUGAUCCCAAUCUGUGAUGGUGCUCCUAUCGACAGCACAUCGUGCUUUGGCACUCAAAAUGAGACAUACUACGCCGACGUAACAAAUGGAGCAGGCCGUUCGUAUCUCUAUACCAGUACGUAUCCUUUACAAAUUCGUUCAUUCAUCACAUAUUAACUACUUUCCUAAGCAUGCCUUGAGCUCGGUGCAUGGCAGGUAGCUCCUGAGACAGGGCCAUCAUUGAUAUCUAGAGUGCUCCAGGCAGACUACACGUAAGGCACGAUCCAAUCCUAGUAUAUGCAAUGUACUAAACUAGCACAAGUCAACAAUGGUGUAACUGGGCAUUUCCACCAGGAGAAUACAACUCCAUUCCACCAACUGUCAAUGUCGCUUUGUGGAACCAGUACGGCGAAUACAAUUUCUCUGCCAAUCGCCUCGCUUUUAUCGACGGAGGUAAGUAGUUACUAAGCCCACGUCAUCUCAAGCCAUCUUUGCUACUCAUCCUCAUUCAACCUUUACCAAAAUCUGACAUAAAUUUUAGAUAACGACGUAUGGCUUGACCUCACCUACCAUUCCCAAUAUGCCCCUAGUCCCCGUGUCUACUCAGAUCUCCACCCGGAAUUCCUCAUAUCAGGCGCAGGCCAUCAUUGGGACUCCUAUGGUAUCCUAAAUAUCUCAGCUGAGCCACAAUUCAUUCAGCAGGCACAUCUGUGGGAGAUUAGGACUGUUAAGAAGUGGUUGAGAGCUGGUUGGUAGAUGGAUGGAUAUUGUGACGAAGGUAUGACUGAUGAUUUAUAUGAUGCCGCGGGUUUCCAGUUUGCAAUAGUCCGAACUGCAGAGUCUUGGCGAAAGAUUUUUGGAUUUCUCAAUCUAUCUACGUGUUAAAAUCUUUUGAUCACUCAAAACUUUUGGAACAUUCAGACCUUUCGAAUAUGAACAUCUUCGAAGAUUGAAAACUUUCAUUCAUGUUUCAUCUAUCAUUCUAGAUCGUUUAUUAGAUAUACUGUAACAAGAUUACAGGAUGGCUUUCAAAGAAAAUGUAAUCUUAUAUUAGGUGGCAAGAUACUGAGGAAAAGACAAGUUAAUAUCUGGCUAGUAUACCUAC